GCACCCACUUCAGGCUUUCUGACACUUACUGGAGAGCUAAUAUUAUAUCAUGAUAAAAGAGGGGUGGGGGAGAGAAGUUUGAGCUGGUAUAAAAGAGACAGGGCACAAAGAGGAGAGUAUACAAGAAAUCAACACGCCACCGUCCAGAGACAAGACCACAACCUCACAGUAUGUCUCAGCCAGAGAUUAAGAAGAAGAAGCGGCCAGUUGUUAAAGAGGAGGACCUGAAAGGAGCCCGCAGUAAACUGGGACUGAAAGGAGAUGUCAAGAGCAAAACAUAUGAGGUCAUGGUUGAGUGUGAGCGCAUGGGUAAGGUUGCUCCGUCUGUAUUCAGUGGUGUACGGUCCGGAGGUGAGACGGCACUUGAAAAGCCCAAACCUCCCUCAGGAAGUGUGUUUGGCAAAUGAGAAAAUGCGGAAUGCACAAAUGGACUCUUGCUGUCUGGGUUUUAAAUAUAUGUCUGUAAUAGCAUAAAGGAAGUUUUUCGCAUUCACAACUUAAAUGAUUGUGUAUAAUGCGUGUAAUGUGGAUACAUUUGUGAAAUUGGAUAUUUGUAUUUUUAUACUGCUUACUGUUGCUAUGUAACGUACUUCAAACCCCUUCUCAACCCCUUUGUGCCAGUUUUCUGUGUCCUGUUUGGUAUAUUAAACAUUGCUAAAAUUA